AUGUCCGACUCUAGCCAUGCGGGCCUCCAACCCGCAGCCGUCGAGUCCAUCGCUGGCCUCAGCGCCGGCACCAUAGCGACACUGGUUGUGCACCCUCUGGACAUUGUCAAGACGCGCAUGCAGAUCUACCGCAGCGUGAGCGACCCCCUCUCGAAGCCGCCCACGACCGUCCGCCUCCUCCGCUCGCUCACGUCGACGCCCCGGCCAAUUGCCUCGCUGUACAGGGGCUUGACGCCGAACCUCGUCGGCAACGCCACCAGCUGGGCGUCUUUCUUCUUCUUCAAGCUACGCUUCGAGCGCCUCCUCGCGCAGCGCCACGGGGUGGCCGACGGAGACGGAAACGGCGGUGCGCCGCGCCCCUCGCCGGGCGACUACUUUGUCGCAAGCGCCCUCGCUGGCGCGGCCACGUCGGCGCUCACCAAUCCCAUCUGGGUGAUCAAGACGCGGAUGCUGUCAUCGGACAGCGGUGCCCGCGGCGCCUACCCGUCCAUGACGGCCGGCGCGCGCGCCAUCCUGCGCAACGAAGGCGUCCUGGGCUUCUACCGCGGGCUCGGCGUCUCUCUGGUCGGCGUCUCGCACGGCGCCGUGCAGUUUGCCGUCUACGAGCCGCUCAAGCGCGCCUACUACGGGCGCCGACUGCGCCGCCGCGGCCUCGCCACCGUGGCCUCCCCCAUGAGCCCCGAGGCCACUGUCGUCAUAUCGAGCUGCGCCAAGCUCGUCGCCGGCGCCGCCACGUACCCGUACCAGGUGGUGCGCAGCCGGCUGCAAAAUUACCAGGCCGACGAGCGCUUCGGCCGCGGUGCCAGCGGCGUCGUGGCUCGGAUAUGGCGCGAGGAGGGCAUCCGGGGGUUUUAUCGGGGCCUGGUACCAGGCGUGGUGCGUGUCAUGCCAGCGACGUGGGUGACUUUUUUGGUGUACGAGAACGUCAAGUUUCAUCUGCCUCGUUGGGUAGCAGCCCAAGCAUGA